CCAGCUUCCUAAACAAACAGGGCAUGAUUACCAGCAUUUGGUCCCUCCCAGAGGACUGAGGGGCUUGGGGUGCGCUGGGAACAGGGCACAGAUGUGAGCUCAUUCGGCCUGUCCUGUUGAAACUCACUGUCAGGCAUCACGAUGCUUAUGGAUGGCCCAUCCAGGCGGCCAGCCCUGUCCUCCCUGCUUCUGGCCAUGGCGAUGCCUUUCUUCUGCUCAGCCCUAUCCAUAGAUGAAGCAUGGAGCCAGCUGUUGAUGAGAGAGAAGAUGAUGCAGCUGGGGGGGCAGCUGGUGCUGACCAAACAGGAGGAGCUGGCCAACAAAAAGCUCAUGGCCCUCAAAAAGGCUGAGGUGUCACAGGCCAUGAGGACCCAGAAGUUCCCUCCCAGCAUGCACUUUUUCCAGGCCAAGACGCUCAUUGAGCAAAGUGAAGUGUUCCAUAUCCUGAAGAAAAUGCCAAAAGGGGCUGCCUUACACAUCCAUGACUUCGGCAUCCUGAGUAUGAACUGGCUGGUGAAAAAUGUCACCUACAGGCCCCACUGCCAUUUCUGUGUCACCCCAAGGGGGUCCUGGAAGUUCAAAUUUGCUUAUCCAACGCCCCCCACUCCUACACCAGCAGAGUGUUCAGAGUGGGUUUUGCUGGAGAAAUAUCGAAGUAAGCUACCAAAUGUCACUGACUUUGACAACAGACUGCUUCAGGCUUUCACCCUGAUGACCGAGAAACCCGAGGUGACUUAUGCAAACCAAGAUGCUGUCUGGUCUAAGUUUAAAAGUAUCUUCUUCACAAUCUCUGGCCUUGUCCAAUAUGCACCAGUGUUCAGAGACUAUGUCUUCCACGCACUGGAGGAGUUCUACCAGGACAAUGUGCUCUAUCUGGAGCUCAGAGCCAUGCUGUUCCCGGUCUAUGAACUGAAUGGGACGAUCCAUAACGAAGAGUGGUCAGUGGAGACUUACAGAGAAGUGGCUCAUAUGUUUGCAAAAAAGCAUCCUGGGUUUAUUGGAAUCAAAAUCAUUUAUUCGGUUCACAGAUUUGAAAAUGUGUCCUCCGUCAUGAAAUCUGUCCAAACAGCCAUGAAGCUUCGAACCCUGUUCCCUGAGAUGGUGGCAGGGUUUGAUCUGGUGGGUCGUGAGGACACUGGCCACUCCUUGUAUGACUACAGGGAGGCGUUGAUGAUUCCUACCUUGCAUGGUGUUAAACUGCCUUACUUUUUCCAUGCUGGAGAGACAGACUGGCAGGGUACUUCCGUAGAUAGAAACCUUCUGGUUGCUCUAAUACUGAACUCUACCAGGAUUGGCCAUGGAUUUGCUUUGACCAAACACCCAGCAGUCUGGGCUGACUCCUGGAAGAAGGACAUCCCCAUAGAAGUCUGUCCCAUCUCCAACCAGGUUCUGAAACUGGUGUCUGACUUGAGAAACCACCCUGCUGCUGUUCUGAUGGCCACUGGGUACCCCAUGGUGAUCAGCUCUGAUGACCCGGCUGUGUUUGGUGCCAAGGGCUUGUCCUACGAUUUCUAUGAGGCCUUCAUGGGCAUUGGGGGAAUGUCAGCUGAUCUGAGGACACUCAAACAACUGGCCAUGAACUCUAUCAAGUUCAGCACCUUGUUGGAUAUUAAUAAAAAGGCUGCCAUGAAAACCUGGGAGGAGAGAUGGAAUAAGUUUGUGGCUGAUCUGGCCAGGAGGCCAACGUGAGAAGACAGACACUUAUUACCCUGUUCAUCUGCUUCCCUCUACAAGCUGUUUUCACCUUCUGUCAAUCAUUCUUGAACCCACACCAGUAUAGUUUCUACCUCCAUUUCUUCAUCAAAAUUGACAUCAUGAAGGUCAUCAAUGGCUUCCACAUUGAUUGUCAUCUCAGAAACACUUAGAGAGUU